AUGCCUGAGUUUAAGUUCCCACAGCUGGACGCCGAGCUUUUCCAAUACGUGACCGAUGUUCUUGACAGUGGACGGUCAGACUUUGAAUCAGAGAAUGAAUUGUUUGACGCAGUGGGGGAACUGCUGCAAGAUGUGUCGGGAGAUACCAAAGAUGAUGAGGACAUUAAAGACAUCUGUCUCAGGAUGUACAGAACAAUGCGUAUGGAGAAUCAUCAGGUCCCUUCACAAUCACAGGUGCUACUGGAUGCUCCAAUCCAACUCUCCCAAAUUACUGACUACGAUGUUGACCCUCAGAUCUUGAACGUGUUGCUGAUGAAAAAGGACCAGUCUUCGUCGUACCAGGGAAACCAAAUAGCUAUGAAGUUAACUGUUUUCCCGGAUGAGAAGGAAACCAGGUCUUCCAUGUUCAAUAAGUGA